AUGUACUUCAUUUUAUCGGUCCUGUUACUAGCUUGCAUUACCUUUUCGACUCCUUUCGCUACCGCGCCACCGAACAGUGCUGCGUUCGUUGGUGACCUGAUGAUGUUCUUGAGAGUUCCCCUCAAGGUGACCUUGUUCGUUUGCUGGAGCGAAGAAAAGUCGUUCCAAUUCGUUCGGCAUGCAUUUUCGUCACGCUCGGGGAAUACGUUUUCCAUUCAGGUGAAAAAUUAUUCCGUUGAAAGUUUAGCCUUUCUGGAUACAAUGGAGCCCCACCAGCAGCUGGCUGUAGUCGACAUAAUGUGUCCGGAAACGAGAACUUUUCUCGAGAUGGCUCGCUAUCGACUAUAUCACAGAGUACGCUGGAUUAUGUUGGACUCAAGUGAGUUCCGAGAAAAAUCAAUACUUGAUAUCGUUUCUGGCUUGCCGGUUUUUUGUGGUAGCGAGGUGUACUAUUUCGUUGGAACCAAAACCCCAAAUCAGUUCUUGAUAAAGGAAGUUUACAGAGCAUCAAUGCAAACGAGCUUAUUGGUCGCUUCGGUGGGUGUUUGGAGAAAUAAUUCCAUCGAAGACAAACGAGUUGAGAGAUCCAUAUCAACUAGAAGGCGAAAUCUCCGUCAACUAGAGAUCAGAACCACUUAUGUGUACACCGAUAAUUAUACGUUGAGCCACUUUGAUGACUAUGAAAACACUCAGAUCAACACGGCAAGUCGCUUUUGUUACCAUCUGUUGAAAGUGCUUUACGUACACUAUCUGAAUGCAACAAUCGGGAAGCAAUAUGCGACAACCUGGGGCUAUCCAGAUCGCAAAACUGGUCUCUUCGGUGAUGGGAUGUGCGGCGACGUGAUCAACAAUCGAUCCGAAGUCGGGGGCACAUUACUGUUCUUCUCUCCGGAACGUAUGAAAUACCUAGAUUACACAAAAAUUCCCAUCGAAACAUCGUUGCGGUUUGUGUUCAGAGCACCGAAACUGUCAACAACGAGCAACAUUUUCCGACUUCCCUUCGAUUCGAAUGUUUGGUGUUCUCUUUCAGGUUUGCUUCUAAUUAUGGUGCUGCUGUUUGUUGGGGUCGGUGCUGUGAGCAAGAAAAAAUCUCGAAGACAAAUUAAUCGGGAAAAUCUGCUUGACGCGGCGUUCGACGUGAUUCCAGUUGCUCUGCAACAGGGUUCCAUGAUCGAAGCCAAAACAGAAACUCGUCGAAUUCUGGUGCUGGUUAGCUUACUAGGGCUGAUGUUUUUGUAUGUGAGUUUCUCUGCAAGGAUUGUUUCACUGAUACAAGCACCCUCGCAGCAAAUAGCUAGCGUGAGAGAUUUGCUCAACUCGAGACUUGAGGUCGCAGGUCAUGACCUACCGUAUCAUCGUUUCUAUCUCUCGAAAGCAAGGGAACCUGUUAGACAAGCAUUGAUCGAGCAGAAAAUCGUUCGGAAGGACGGAUCACUUAACAUGUACUCUCUGGAGGAAGGCGUGAAGAGGAUUCGAAAAGGUUUGUUUGCGUUUCACGUCCAUAAUACCGUUGCGUACCGCAUGAUCAGCGAAACUUUCGACGACGUAGAAACCUGUCAGCUCAGAGAGCUGAACUUCGUAAGUGACACCGAUGGAUACAUCCCAUUACAGCGCAAUUUUACCCUGCGAGAGCACUUCAAUGUUGGCCUGAUAAAGAUAGUCGAGACUGGUGUAUUUAACAGGCAGUGGAAAAGAAUCUACGCACCGAAACCGACAUGUGCUGGAGGGAUUGCGUUCUUACCGCUGACUGCUGUUGAUACUGGAUUUGCUGUGGAAGUCAUUGGAUGGGGUAUGAUGGUGGCGAUCGUUCUGCUUGCGGGUGAAAUUGGUUGGCGAAGAUAUCGAAUUCGUCGGUUACAAUUGUUCCCGUAUGUUGAAUGAUUAUUCAAUCUUGCUAUUUAUUUUCAUGUUUUUCAUGUAGUUUGAAAAGAAAUGUAAACUCUAAAACAUUUCUGUAUAUUCAUACAGUACAUAUAUAUCAAUGUUUUGC